GUGAGUUUCAGAGAAGAAACUCCAUUUUGUUUGUUACGUAGUGGAAGAAAAUCUGUCGACGCCGAACAGAGAAUAACUCCAAAUCCAAGAAUUAUCAGACAGUGCAAUGAGGGAAUCGUUGAAACCUCCGAUGAAGUCUCGCAAGAGCCCCCCCAUGGGGAAAGGACCACCCUUGAAGAAAUCCAGUCAUUCCAGGUCGCCAUACAGAGUCCUCGGGAGCUCUAGGCCUGUAAAGCACCCCGUUCAGAAGCGCCCCCCUUCUCCCCCCGUGAGGAUGAGGCGGGUGUCCAUGACCCCGCCCCCCAGAAGACCCCCCAUGUCUCACCGAAGCAGCAACCCAAGUUCUCCAGUCUCGAUGGACAGAUUACGCAGCGUGAAGCGCCCCAAGUUCGAGAAGAGGAAGCCCUCUCCCCCGAGGGGGGACUUUGGGAGGAUCUCCCCCUAUCCGGACAAGUACUCCAGGCCACACUCUCCCCCCCAUUUCCAGCCCCCGAUCAAGAAGAUGCACAGGGAGGAGGAUCAUCACUACAGGAGCCCCAGUCCUCAACGCGUGGCCCCCCGCUCUGCCCCCCCUCCCCACAGGAGGAGGGAAGAGGCCCCCUAUGAGCCGCACCCCAGAUCCAGACCCAGCUCCUCCAAGGGGGUGGUGUCAGAGGUUGGUACCAAGAGAUACAGGGACGAGAGCCCUGAGAGGUACGCUGGGGACAAGUCCUAUGCACCCACCCUGCAUGAGAGGUUUUCGGAUUCAUCACGCACUGACGAGCCACGCAUCAGGUACUCCACCCAGGACCUGGAGAAGAUCACCAUCGACAUCCACCGCAACCUGCGGGAGGACCGCUCCCCCACCCUGCGCCGCAUCCUGGACCCCUCGGACGUCAAGCUGGUGCGCCGGGCGGGGGAGGGACACCGCCCCAUCUUCGACCGGGAGGAGAUACGCCGGGCACCCAGGGACCUCAGGGAGGACGCCCACUUCGAGAGGAGGGUGUCCCAGCACGCCAGGGGGGAGGAGAACUACGAGAUCACCCGCCACCGCUUCGACCCCCGGGGGGGCGGGCCCUCGCCCCCCGCCCGGGCAGCCCGCUCGCUCAGCGACCGAUGGCAGGACCCGGAGGGGAGGAAGGACGCCUCCGGGAUGGACCGGGAGGACAGGGACCUGGACUACGACAGGGGACCCCCCGUGCGCAGCUUCCGACCGCGGCCGGACUCCGGGGCCGAUCCGGACUACAGGUCCGACAAGUACUCCGCCCAAGCUCCUCCCAGGCCACGCCCCAGCUAUCCACCUUCUCACCAUCGCCCACAAGAGAGAGAUGUAGUCCCCAUCCCCCGCAAGGAAGUGGGGGCCCGCCACCACGUCAGGGCCCCCUCUGACGACGGGAGGCCCCACUACAGGCCGGAGAGGAGAUACUCGGGACCCAAAGUGGAGAGGAGUACUCAGGAUUGGGACCGAUCCAGGGAGGAGUACCCUCGCAGGAGUGAGGAGUACUCCUCCCUACCCGCCCCUCCUGGGAGAAGAGGAGUGACGGACCCCCCAACAGGAGCUCCUACUAUGACGUGA